AUGGCCUUCCAAGUUCCCAACCGGGUGCCGGUCUUCAACUCUGCUCAGCGCGAAAUAGAGGAUGGCUACUGGCGAGCCGCCACAACCAACAGCCACUUCGCCAAACAGUCUGGCCUCCAGCUCACAGAGAGGAUAGGGAAUUUCAUAACACCUUCGCGAGAGCUACCGAUGUAUAAAGACAAGCCAUAUUAUCAGUCACGAGGGCGGCACCCCGGUGGGCGGAAGCGGAAGAAAGCUUUGUGGGUUGCGAUAUGUGUUGGUUUUUUGGUUGGUUUGUGGUGGUUUUUGGGUGGGAGAUCAGGACAUGCAGGCAUUGUGAGGCCUAUAGAGAUGAAGGGUGGAGAAUUGUGGAAAUGGAUACAGGAAUUUGAGAAAGGGGUUGUUGCUGGCAAAGGGAAAAGCAACAUGAUAAACUGGGAAGAAAGGAAACAGAGAGUUAAAGAUGCAUUCCUCGUCAGCUGGGAAGGAUAUGAACAAGAUGCAUGGGGAAAGGAUGUUUAUCAGCCUCUGGCUAGAACGGGAACGAAUAUGGUUGAGGGCGGAAUGGGCUGGAUAAUCGUUGAUACCCUUGACACAUUGAUGCUCAUGAAUCUCACGACACAGGUGCAAAAUGCUCGGAAAUGGAUACAGACGUCUCUCCACUACCAGCAGGACCAAAACGUAAACACGUUUGAAACCACUAUUCGGAUGCUGGGGGGCCUCUUGUCUGCCCAUUAUAUCUCAAAAACAUACCCAGACCUUGCUCCACUUCAAGAAGAUGACGACGGUGCUCCUGGUGAUGACUUGUAUAUCGAGAAAGCAACGGGGCUUGCGGAGCGAUUGCUGGGCGCGUUUGAUUCACCCUCUGGUAUCCCAUUCGCAAGUUUGAAUCUCAAUUCGUCACAGGGCAUACCGUCGCACACGGAUAACGGGGCGUCCUCAACCGCAGAAGCCGGGAGUCUGCAGCUCGAAUUCAAAUAUUUAGCUAAACUGACAGGAGAAGCACAUUACUGGGAGAAGGUGGAGAAGGUCAUGCAAAUCAUUGAUGGGAACCAGAUGAGGGAUGGGCUAUUGCCAAUAUUUAUCAUGGCUGAUACUGGCAAAUUUAUGGGCGAGAACAUCCGGCUAGGCAGUCGGGGAGAUUCCUAUUAUGAGUAUCUCAUUAAGCAAUUUUUACAAACGUCUGGUGAAGAGCCAAUCUACGAGAAUAUGUGGAACCAAGCACUCGCAGGCAUCCGCAAACACCUCAUUGCCUAUACGAAACACGCUUCCUUAACAUUUGUAGGAGAGCGUCCUAGUGGGCUUGACGAAAGCCUAGUGCCAAAGAUGGACCAUUUGGUGUGCUUUUUGCCUGGCACAAUAGCUCUUGGAGCUACCGGGGGACUGUCUCUUUCCAAGGCUCGGAAAUCUCCCGGCUGGAACCGUCAAAAAGAGGAUGAAAUCAUCCUUGCUAAAGAACUGGUCAAGACAUGCUGGGCUACAUAUCUUGCUACCGAAACAGGUCUAGCUCCUGAAAUCGCCUAUUUUGAAGUAGAUAAACCUCCAAGGAUGAUGGAUGACGUUUUUGGAGGGCCAAAGGGCGAGCCUGAAAAUGGAAAAGGCAAGGAAGAAACAGGAAAGGCCAAGAACGAAGGUAUACACAUCGUAUCCAAGCCACUUGAGCCACUUGACGACAAAGACAGUGCGUGGAGAAAGGACGUUAUCAUCAAGCCGGCAGAUCGACACAACCUCCAGCGGCCUGAGGCUGUUGAAUCCCUCUUUUACUUGUACCGCAUCACAGAAGACGAAAUGUACCGUGAGUGGGGCUGGGAAAUGUUCAAAAGCUUUAUCAAACACACUGCUGUCAUUGAAGAGGAGGGAAUCAAUAACCAGGACCAUGAUGGGUCACCAGAACCGCCUGCGUCCAAUGAUAACGGGCAAUCAUCAAGCUCAUAUAUCAGAGCCUUUACGUCCCUAUCCAAUGCUGACACAAUCCCUCCGGGCAAGAUAGAUAACAUGGAAAGCUUCUGGCUAGCGGAGACAUUGAAAUAUUUCUAUCUCUUAUUUUCGGAUAAGGAUUUCAUUCCACUUACAGAAACAGUGUUCAAUACGGAGGCACAUAUCUUCCCUAGAUUCAAGAUGGGGAAGCUGUUUAAAACGGGGUGGAAGAGGAAGACUGAGUGGAAAGGAGAAUAA